CCUUCUAUUUUAUUUUCUUUUCUCGAAUGGAAAUAUUUUCUUCUUCUCAUGUGUGAUGUGCUUGGGGAUGGAUAAGAAACGUAUACGUUAUAGUUUAUUGAUUAUUUUCUUCGGGUUUUAUUACAUCUUGGUGCUGCUUUCAAUUUUUGUUGCUUAACGCAUUUCGAGGGGCUGUAGCUAGGUCAUCGCGAAGGAAUGUGGUGAAAGGUACAUUCUAGUACUGUAUGGGUGAAAUGGGGACUGAAGCAGUUGAAACGAGUCGUCUGAAAAAUGGGGAAGCUGAGAACAGCCUUCACAAGCGAACUGAUCAAGUUCCCGCUGAGGGUUUUACUGGUGGAUGUGAAAAUUCGCUUUCUGACGAGGCUGAUGGAAACGGCGGGAAUGUUUCAGAUAGUCUUGAAGUCGAUAUACAUCCUGAUGCUGUAAGUAAAAGGGCCAGGCAGCAGAAGGAAGUAACUUUUCAGGAUAUGUAUCAAAACCAAGACAUGUUUGAUGAUGACGAUGACGACAGUGAUUGGGAGCCCAUACAGAAGAGUCUAGAAGUCAUGAAGUGGUUCUGCAGAAAUUGCACGAUGGUUAACCUUGAUGAUAUCAGUUAUUGUGAUAUAUGUGGGGAACAUAGAGAUUCCAAAAUCCUGAGCUAUGGUUUUUUUGCAUCCCCUUAUGCUGAAGACAAUGAUUUGACUGAGGCGAAGCCCAAAAUCAAAGAAGAAGUUGGCACACAAGAUGUAGCUGCAAGUUCCACCACAGCAAUUGGCUUUGAUGAGAGAAUGUUGCUGCAUGCGGAAGUUCAGAUGAAGACACAUCCUCACCCAGAAAGGCCAGAUCGUCUCAAAGCUAUUGCUGCUAGUUUUGCUACAGCUGGAAUAUUUCCGGGAAGAUGCUAUCCGAUUUCUGCCAGAGAGAUCACUUUAGAAGAACUUCAAUCGGUUCAUUCUUUGGAGCAUAUUGAAUCUGUGGAAGUUACAAACCAGAUGAUUUCUAGUUAUUUCACUCCUGACACAUAUGCCAAUGAGCAUUCAGCUCGAGCUGCUAGGCUGGCGGCUGGUUUAUGUUCUGACCUGGCAUCAGCAAUUGUUUCUGGACGUGCCAAAAAUGGAUUUGCUUUGGUCAGGCCUCCUGGUCAUCAUGCUGGUAUUAGACAGGCCAUGGGUUUUUGCCUUCAUAAUAAUGCUGCGAUAGCAGCAUUGUCAGCUCAGGUUGCAGGGGCUAGGAAGGUGCUAAUUCUAGAUUGGGAUGUUCAUCAUGGCAAUGGGACACAGGAAAUAUUUGAGCAAAACAAAUCGGUCUUGUAUGUAUCAUUGCAUAGACAUGAGGGGGGAAGGUUUUAUCCUGGUACUGGAGCUGCUGACGAGGUUGGUGCCAUGGGUGCGGAAGGAUACUGUGUGAAUAUUCCAUGGAGCCGUGGAGGAGUUGGAGAUAAUGAUUACAUUUUUGCAUUUCAGAAUGUUGUCCUCCCAUUAGCUUCUGAGUUUGCUCCAGAUUUCACCAUAAUAUCAGCUGGAUUUGAUGCUGCAAGAGGUGAUCCCCUAGGAUGUUGUGAUGUCACUCCCAAUGGUUAUGCACAGAUGACAAACAUGUUAAAUGCCCUUUCUGGUGGAAAGUUGCUUGUCAUUCUUGAGGGGGGUUAUAAUCUCCGCUCUAUUUCAUCUUCUGCCACUGCAGUGAUCAAGGUAUUGCUGGGCGAGAGUCCUGAAUUUGAGCUGGAAAAUAACUUCCCUUCCAAAGCUGGCCUACAAACUGUUUUGGAAGUCCUCAAAAUUCAGAUGAACUUUUGGCCUUCUCUAGAACCCAUCUUUGGGAAUUUGCAGUCGCAAUGGGGAAUGUACCGUCUUGGAGAAAAAAGGAAACAGAGAAAGAAGAAACGCCGCGUCCAGCUACCCAUAUGGUGGAAAUGGGGAAGAAAAAGUUUCAUAUACUAUGUUCUAAAUGGCCAUCUUCGUUUAAAGUCAAAGUGAUCUUUUCGGGUGCAUGUUAGAUAAGUGCAGGCAUAACUUGUAAAAUUUUCAGCAUCCUUGUACAUUCUACCUAGAUUUCAGGUUAAAUAUCAUUUUUGCUUGACCAUCAGCAUGGUGAUUCUAGUGAAAUAUUUUCAUUUUUUUCCUUUUUGGGUUUUGUUGGGGAUUUUUGAGCAAGGGAAGAAAGAAAAAGAUGGAUGUGAAGAAGAGGGAAUGGAGGAGUAAAACCAACUUUUGAUGCCGGUUUUUUCCUGAAACACAGGAAAUUGAUUCAAUAGUAUGCCCCUCGCAGAUGUUAUAAUAGUAA